UCCUCCUGUUGGUGCUCGAGUCCUGUGAUGAUUGGCCAUUUACAAGGUCAGCUCCACAUUUGAAAAAUCACGGGCUUUCAUAACCUAAUGUCUCUCCCUGGGUGCGGUAUGAAAACCACAUCAGAAGUGUGAACCAGUUUCCCCUUUAAAACUAUUAAAAGAGCUUGGAGGCGUCACAUGACCAGCACAACACUAAAAUUCUAAACUGCCCAAUGGGGUGUUUCUCUUUUAAAGGCUGGAAGGUUUCAAGCACAAUAGUGGGUACAUUUAAAAGGUUGCAGCCAGUGUGUGUGUGUACAUGUAUGUACAAUUCAAACUGACAAGGUCAAAACAGCUGCCCAAGAUGAUAGAGUGACAUAUCAGAAGUGCUGGGAUCAGAUAAUCAACAGGAUAUGGGGUGCCUUGAAUAAGCAUCAGGACUCUGCGAGCGAUCGUGCCUUUCUCUCGCCUGCCGGCUUGACGCUUCUCCGACCUGCGCGAGGACCAGCUGAGCAGACCUGUUGCUUCGCCUCCUGCGCGCAGAAACCCGCCCCCUUGCGCAAUCGGAUCUCGGGAUGCUCAGAGCAAGAGCUUUCCAACCUCGCUGGGCUCGGGAGGGCUAUUUUUAGCGAGCUCAUUCCAUUUAUAUCCGCGGCAAACAAAGGCAUCGACCUUAAGACGCUCCACGGCUUGGAUAACCCCGACCCCCUGCAGUCCUCUCGCCUGCCGCUGCCUCUCCAAAGCCACGCGCAAAAUCGUUUCUCUCCCGGACGUUUGGGGUCGCGGACGGGUCCAGCACGCGUUGCGCCUUCAUCCCGUUUCCUCCUUCUUAGGAUCUUCGGCUUUCUAGAGGGAAAAAAGCCCAUUCGGGAGCUCAGGAAAGUAGGGUAUAUUCCGCCCCCCCCUCUCCAUUUGGUUCCUCGCUGAUUUCCCUCUGAAGCAGAAACAUUCGCUCCAUCCAAACUUUGGAGACGGCGCACGCGGCGGAUCGCCUUAGAAAUCCAGAUUCCCGCUAGCACGUGGCUUCCCUCCCCCCGGGCCCCCCUCGAUUUCGGAGAUCGGGAACUGGGGAAAAAGGAUCCCCAACCAACCACCACUCCCGGAUCCUCGUCGCGCCGGUGAGAAAGAAUGGUGGACAUUUUCACUGGGCAUUUCCUGGUGAACCGGGACGGCCAAGCCGUAGAUCCCGAGCAAGCGCUGCAGAACAAGAUCGUGGGCUUGUACUUCUCGGCCGCCUGGUGCUCCCUGUGCCGGGAUUUCACGCCGAUCCUGUGCGACUUCUACAGCGAGUUGGUGGAGGACGCGCCCUCGCCGGCGCCCUUCGAGAUCGUGUUCGUCUCGUCGGACCGCAGCCGCGAAGAGAUGGUGGAUUACAUGCAGAACAUGCACGGGGAAUGGCUGGCGGUGCCUUUCCAAGACACCUUUAAGCAUGAGCUGAAGAAGAGAUACAACAUCACAGCCAUUCCUAAACUUGUGAUUGUUAAACAAACUGGAGAAGUCAUCACCGAUAAAGGAAGGAAACAGAUAAGGGAACGGGGACUCAACUGCUUCCGAAACUGGCUGGAAGGGGCAGACAUCUUUCAGAAUUUCUGCAGCUGAACCAGUGGUGGGAAUUUCAGACAAAGAUAGCUUAGCUAAAUCCUUUGUAUCAUCGGAAUUCCCACCUUCACAACUAAGCCAAGCAGAGAAAUGGCUUUUUCUUCGGAUGGUAUCUAACCAAAUCAUACCCAAGGCAGACCCAUUGAAAUGAAUGGACGCGACUAACUGUGGUCCAUUGCUUUCAAUGGAUCUACUCUGAGUACAACUUAGUUGGAUACCCACCUUUGUUUGAAUGUCGUUUUGCUUUAUUUAAAAUUCUGUGUGACUGGAAGAAUUAAGCAUAGCUGGGUCCAAUGUACUCUUCCAUCUCUUUUGUAUUAUUUAUGCUUUUAUUACAUAGACUAUAACCAAAGCUGAAGAAUUUGGUAAAGGCUAGCAUUAUCUAGGAAAGAGGAUUUUGGCAGUUAGAAAGAGUGCCCUCUCCAAUCUAUGCAAGCCUUUUAUUUUUACAAAGGUAAAAACUCUACAGGGAAAACUAUAUUUCUUGGCAAGAAGACUUUUUUGGAGUAUUGGUUUAUAAUUUAUAUUACUAAAAUAAGAGAGUAUUUGCUUUAAUAAAUCCAUUUAUAGCUUA